GUUAUUAAAAUAAAGGCAUCUGAGCACAACUUUAUCCUCUUAAGGUUUCGUUUUUAGUUUUUAUUCUUGAUUUCUGACUAUCGUAAAUUCAAGCAUAAUAUGUGAAUUUAAAGUAUAUGAAGUAGAAAGCCCGCUCGACGUAAAAUUCUGGUCAAUGGCCAUGCGCAAUGAAAGGGUUGAAACGACACGGAGCGUAUGCUGAUUUCAUUAAGAGCUUUUGUAGUCAUGUUUGAUAUUGUUUGCUGUAGUGUGUGACUCUUUAAAUUAUGUCAAAAUGCUGCUUUGUUCUGUGAUGGGUUUCCUGAUCAUUGGAAGUUUGUUCUUAUCCCAUGUUAGUGCUUUUGAUGUAGGUGUCAUUUCUCAUGGAUUUCCAGUGUUUGAAAUCAAUGACAGUGAUAAAUAUAUGAAACGAGAUGUGACUGGAAAAGGAAGCAUGAGAGGAAUGCCAAAUAAUAUGAGAGAUUCAAUUCAUGGUGUAAGAAUGGGUAUUUCAUCGGACAUUUGUGAUAAUGCAAAAGAUAAUAUUGAAAUUGAUUGGAAUGGAUCACCUCUGAACUAUACUUGCUAUCAUCCUAAGAAUCGACUACCAGUUUUCAAAGCUGUGAAUCCAUCACAGGAAUGUAACCUGCCUGAAAAAUAUUUUUCUAAACAUGUAUGUUUGAAUGAGAAGAUUGAAUAUGAUGAUCUUAUACCAACUUAUGGGAAUCACCGACCAUUGUGGCCAGUCUAUGGAGAGUAUGUUUAUGUUCCUCCUCAACGUUGGUUACAUAAUCUUGAGCAUGGUGCAAUUGUUAUGUUGUAUCAUCCUUGUGCUGAGCCUCUUGAAGUUGACAAAUUAAGACAAUUGGUGAAAGGAUGUUUACGAAGGCAUGUUAUUACACCUUAUAUGUACCUUUCAGCUGAAAAGCCACUGGCUUUAGUAGCAUGGGGUUGUAAAUUGGAAAUGAAUCAUGUAAAUGAAGAUGCUGUGAAAAGAUUCAUUAAGACUCGAGCAUUACAUGGGCCUGAAGCUCAGCUAGCAAAACAAGGACAGUAUCGAUACAAGUUAUUAGAAGUUGCUACAGCACCCAAAGGAUCUAAUUAUAGAGAUUUGAAACUUUGCCCUUCGGAGUAAUUAUUCCUCAAAAUCAUGAAAUGCUGUUUUUUCUUACAUGAACUUUUUGAUGAAAAAUACUUUGAUUUGUUUCAUGUAUUUAAAGUAAGUACUCACUGCAUUUGAAAGCAAAAAUUUACAUUCAAUUUUUGACAAUUAGUCUUCAGUCUUUUGAAUACUCAAAUUUUAAAUCCUCUAUGCUGUAUUUCAAAGUACAUAUUUUGUUGUACUUGUAAUAUUGGUAUGGUCAUUUUUUAUUUAUCAAAUUUUAUCAUUUGAUAAUUUACAGUCCAAAUAAAUUUGAUUUGUUUCCCCUAAAAAUGUACAUUUGAAAAGUAGCUGGUGAUUUUAACUGCUAUGAAUUAUAAUUUUUAUACUUUAGUUCCAUUUCAUUCCUUUUAGGUAAAUUUUUUAAAUUUUAUUAUUCCUUUAAGUGC